AUAAAGAUGUUUGACCAGUCAGAUCCGCCGCUGAUAUAAAACGACAAACACGAGGUCAGUAAAUCGAGAAUUUUAUUCGAGAUUGAACUGUAUGUGAUUAUCGGCGUUUAGUAGAUCUUUGUAAAACUUAAUGUGAUGUACCUCGUGUGGCUGUGUUUUCUAGUCAUAAUAAUAGGCUGUUAUGGACAAUUCGAAAUACCACCUCUUACUUUGGAAGCUUUUACACCCUCAGGACUUAAGGCGUCAUUACCAGCCAACAAUGGAAUAGAAAUGUUUGCUUUCCAUGGAAAGAUAAAUAAAGAAUUUAAACAAUUUGAACCUGGAGAUUUUACCGAAGAUAUCAUGGAACCUGUGAAUGGUUUUUUUGUUUACGAUAAUCCGAAUUUACAAAUAAAAGUUGGAGAUGUGAUCUACUACUGGAUAUUUGUGCAACACGAUCAACUGGGAUAUAGAUUGGAUAACCAAACAUGGCAUGUUAAAGAAUUAAAAGUCAGACAAAUUGUUACUAGUUGUGGUCCAACUGUGACUAACGUUAAUGGGCCAGCAGUUAAAUGUAAAGGUGAUAUUAUUUUUGAAGAUGAUUUUAACGGCAGUUCGCUUGACAGCAGGAAGUGGAUGUUGGAGCAGUAUAUUCCAACAUUUCCAGAUUUCGAAUUCAACAUUUAUAACAAAGAAUCCGCAAUUACUUCACUUCAAAAUGAUCGAUUAACGAUUAGGCCCAAAAUGCGAACUGAAGAUCUCUACGAAGAAUGGUUGGAUUUGACUGAAGGAUGCACACAACCAAUAUCCAGUAGAACAACUAAAUGUAGAAGCAAAUUGUUUAUAAUACAGCAUCCAAUUGCUUCAGGAAAAAUUGUAUCCACAGCUAAAUUUUCAUACGGAGAAGUGGAAGUGAGAGCAAAAUUGCCUGCAGGAGACUGGAUGUAUCCUCAAAUCUACUUAGAAGAUGAAAAUAACAAAAAAAUAGUAAUUGCUUAUGCUAGAGGAAAUACCGUAUUACGUGGAAAUGAGAACAUGGAUCUAGGAGGAUCCCUUCUCUUUGGUGGUCCAAUAAUAGAUUCCAAAGAACCAAGUAGAAGCAGCAACCUAAAAUCUAUUAAAAAAUCUCAACCUCUGAGUAACGAUUUUCAUACCUACAGGAUAAAGUGGACACCUCAGGAAAUUGAAUUAUUCUUAGAUGGAGAUAGAUAUGGAUUAAUCAGUGCAGAUAUACUGGAAUCGACUGGAUUCGGCAAUGAUUCGUCUAAGGUCCAUUUAGCAUUGGGCGUGGGAGUUGGUGGAAUUACAGAUUUUCCUGAUAAUUAUCAAGCAGGGUACCCAAAGCCUUGGAGAAACAGAGAAACACAACAGAUGUACAAGUUCCUGGAAGCUAAAGACAAAUGGUUGCCUAGUUGGAACAGCGGGGGUCUCCUCCAAGUAGAAUACGUUAAAAUAAGAGCAAUUUAACUGUCGAUAUUACAAAAUAAAAU